GACCAAAACAUAGACCCCCAGCCCCCCAAUUACAUCCGACAGCCGCCGCCGAACAAACCGCCGCGACAGCCGUCCGCUCCCUACCAACAGCCGCCGCCGUCUGCGCCCAACAGACCGUCGUAUCCGCCGCCCCCCAAACCCAACCCUCCGCCCACUUAUCCCAACAGCAACGCCAAUACUCAGCCCCAGAGGGCGCCACCGCCUCCACCACUGCCUCAGCGCCCGAAUCCGCCGCCCACUCAACAGCGGCCGCGACCGCCGCCCGUCGAGAGCGCGCCUCCGAUGAGAGCGCCGUCUUAUCCGCCGCCGAAUCAACAGAUUUACGGUCAACAGAGCGCUCAGCGACCGAAAGAGACUCCGACUCAACGACCGGAAAUGCCCAUACAGUCCGUGCAGUCGGCGCUACAGAUGUUUCCAAUGCUCACAAACUUCUCGCAACUCAACCACAAAGAGCCGCCGCACCAGAAACCCGUUGAACCUCUUCUGCCGCAAACUACUUACGACACGAGACCAGAG